CUCUUCUCAAACCAGGAGAGAGAGUAUCUCGUCGCAACGCUUAUGGAGUGGAUUCCGCUACUGUGCGGUCGAGAAGGGAGCGAACGACAGAGGUACCGAAGCUUAAUGGAGUUGGGUUUUUGAGUUCAGUGUCGGAUGGAUUCUUCAUCGACCAGGCAGGGUUUUGUCACGUACGUCGAUCGAUGCUUGAACGAUUUCUUUCACCCAUUCCGUGUUGUGCUUGCUGUUGAGCUGAAGGCGUCUUUUAAUAAAAAAAAUUUCGGGAAACUUCCAAUUGUGAAGUUCACAGGAAUUUUGAGAGCGCUUCGAUUGGCAGUCACAUGCGCAUUCUGGGCGUCGAAGCCAUUUAGAGAAGUUGAGCGAUUUCAUAAAAGUACCAUCCUCGGGAGUGCGGCGUUACUUAUCCAAAUUUCUACCUAAAUUGGUUGGAGUUUAGAAAGAAGCACGUAAAAUGGACACGAUAAAAGGUUAUUUUGGGGCCAAGCCAGAGGUUCCGGAGAAGCCAAUUGCUUUAGAAAGAACUCCAUCUGGAACAAGAAAAUCGGUGAAAGAGCUAUCUCCUCUAGCGAACAAUGUGAUUGGGCGCUGCGCAAGGAUACUUUUGGUCCGCCCUGAGGAUUUGCAAGAGCAAUUCGACAAGGAAGCGCCUCUAUCAGCGAAGACAAAAGAUAAAUAUGCCCGUAGUAUUUUGGAGUAUUGCUGUUUCAGAACACUUUCUAUUUCUGCCCAAGUUGAAGAUCACCUUAGUGAUGUAGAUUUUCGACGUUUAACUUAUGAUAUGAUGCUUGCUUGGGAAGCUCCUGGGUCAACUAACAAGAAUGUAUCAAAGGUCGAGCAAAAGGAUGUACAGCUCGAAGAAGCGGAGAAGGUUGCAGCAGCUUUGGGUGCUGAUGACGAUGAGGAAGAAUCGGCACUCUUUUACAAUGAUUUAAUGCCCAUGAUGGCCGAAGUGGAACAAACAGUUGGGUUGGAGGCAUUUACACGGAUAGCUCCUGCAGUUCCGGCGAUUGCAGACCUUGUAACUGUGUAUCCUCAAUGGGAAGCUCUCACCAAUACUACUGGGGCACGUCUUCCAUUUCAACUUUAUGAUAAAUACCUUGGUGAACUUGACAAGUCAAUCAAAUUGAUGAAGUCGCAACUUACUCCGGAAGUGAAACAAGUACUCCAUCUAGAAUCUGAUGAGAUUCUAGUAGACACGGACGGGGGAUCAUCUGGUCAGACGGUUAUUGAACAUGUGGGUAGUUCUACUUAUCCAGGAAGGUUUACAGUAACGAAUUAUGCGAUCUACUUCGAGGUGGCUGGGAUACUAUCUUACAGUGAUGCAAAGAGAUUUGAUUUGGCAUCAGAUCUGAAAUAUGAAGUUAAGCCUGAAGUGACAGGGCCUUGGGGCACCAAGAUCUUCGACAAGGCCAUCAUGUUCAAGUCUAAUGAGGUGCAAGAACCAUUAGUAUUUGAAUUUCCAGAAAUUACCGGACACGCUAGGCGUGAUUACUGGAUUGCAAUUAUUCGAGAAAUCGUUGCUUGUCACAAAUUUUGCCGACUGUACAAGCUAAAAGGUGUUGGAAAAUCUGAGGCACUUGCGAGAGCUGUUCUAGGUAUAGCAAGGCUACGGGCUCUUCGAGAGACUAUCAAAGUGCUGCCUACUCGUGCCGAUAGCCUUCUUACGUUUUGUUAUGGAGACAAUAUGCCUCACGGGGACCAGGUUAUGGGAGCUCUAGCUGAUACUCUACGUCACCAUGGAGAUGGUAAAAGUGGUGAUACUUUUCUUGAUCACCACGAAGGGAAUAAAGUAUACUCAAGCACAGCAACUGCGUCUGCAGCUAGUCUCGAUUUAGAUCCCACUCCUCACCCUACGUCGGAACACCAACGUGACGCAUUAUCUCCAGUGAAUGAGGUCAUGAUCGGAGAGGAGACUGCAUUGGAGAAAACGGUGCUGGACUCUCGGGAGAAUACGAAGAAAGUAGAAAAAGCUGAAGCUACUGUUGACAGCGUGAAAGGGGAUGGCAUAGGAAGAAACGUACAAAUUUUGACGGAGCUGUUAAAGCCUAUUCCAGAGGUUCUUGAAGAGGUUCAAUCUAUUCUCCAGUGGAAAAAUCCGACCAGAACCAUUGCAGUUGCUACUGUUGUGUUCCUCUUCAUCGUCUUCGAUCUACUAUCAUACAUUCCUACUGUACUUUUGUUGUCAGCUGCGGUAUACAUAUUUUACCUGCGGUACUUGAAGAAAAAAGAAAAAAUUCGUUCUGGCGAGGUACUUAUCCCCGUGCCUCAAGGUACCAGCACAGUGGAAGCCUUGACUGCUCUUCAACAGGCUGUUUCUCAAGCGGAAGCAACCAUUCAAGGAAUUAAUAUCGCUCUGCUGAAGAUUCGUGCGCUGUUAUUGUCAAAUUAUCCCGAGGCUUCAAAUCAAGUGGCUGCUUUAUUGGCAGCAGCAGCUUUGGGUUUGGCAGUUCUACCUACUAGAUGGUUAGUAUUCAUUGUUUUUGUGAAUACGUUCACCAGCGGGUUGCAGGGUCAAAGAGAAAGUCCUUCAACUUUUGAAAGACGAUUUAACGAAUGGUGGUAUAGUAUUCCUGUGGUUCCUGUUCGCUUUCUUAAACCUGGAGAAGAUGUGAACGUCCGAAAACUAGACUGAAUGCCACUUCUAAGUGGUCAUUAGUACCUUCUUGUAGACGUAUUACAAGAAGGAAUAUUUUGGUACCCAUAGCUUUUGCGUUGAUGUGCUCAAUAUCUGAUGUUGAAGAGAUUUUAUUUUCCAGAAAAUACUACUAGGUAUUGCGCAGUCCAUCUAUUCCGGUUCUGCAGUAGAAGGGUAAGAAUAGGUAAUUGUAGUAUCUUGUGAGCUUUAGAGCUUUAGAAUUUUCUAAAUCUCACAAGUUUGUUUUAGCUUCCUUUAGCAUCACACUCCAAUUUUGGUAAAUAUGUCAAUAAUGUACCCAACAAGCAGCUUCUUUCUUCUAGAUGGAAGUUAAUUUAUAAAUGCCCAAAUGUUUUGAAAUAAUGUUCAUAAGUAAAGUAUAAGUUGUAUUA